AUGGCCAAAGUCAGGAGCCGAUGCUACCCUCUCCUCCCCGCGCCAGCCCAGCCUCGCGAGCCCCCGCAUCGCCCCUUCGACAACAACCUCACUCUCCUCCCCAGGCCUCAUCAACAUCCCGCCGCCCCUCCCCGCCCUGUCUACGACGUCUACAUCGGCCUCCGUUCUCCACCAGACCCUUCCCUCCCCCGACCAGCAGCGCCAUGUCGCCGAGGCCCGCGCCGCCGUCGUUUGCCUCCAUCGGCAAUAUCCUUGACUCGGAGCUGCAGUCGCGCGCCACCCAUGCUGCACGCCAACGCCGCCGCCAUCGGCCGCCAGGAGCGCGAUGUUGUGCGAGCCACCGACGGGCUGCGGCGGGAGAAUGACAAGCUUGCCAAGUGGUCGGGCGAUGCGGCGCGGCGGGUCAAGGAGCUUGGCAAUGUGCAGAAUUGGGCCGAGGUGCUGGAGCGAGACUUUCUCGUGCUCGAGGAGACGAUGAGACUCGUGAGAGAGGGGAGCAGCGGGAGUUGUGGGAGCUGGAGCGGCAGCGGCAGCCAGAGCGGCAGCUGGAGCGGGAGCGACGACGGAGGCGAUGGAGGAGCGAAGGUGGACGGGGAUGGGGACGUGAGGAUGGCGGAAGACAUGGAGUCGGGCGGCGCGAGGUUGGCGCCCGGUUCGCCUGGCAAAGGCAAGGGAAAGGGAGUGGGUGAUGUUUGCGCCAACACGCCUCAGAAUGCCGCCGAACAUGACCCCAGCAGCGAGGCGGUGCAGGGUCGAGUUCAGGGGAGAGCGGCCACGUCGCUGCCUAUCACAACUUGA